UAUAAGUAUAUAGCAAAAUUUGAUUUUUCGGGGAAGUUUUUAUAGGCUAAUCUGCUAAAAAGUGAUCAAGCGAGUUCCAGAAUUUGAAAGUUUGGGGAUGAAAUUGAUGGAUAAGAAUUUAGGGUUAGUGGAGGUUCAGAAACUUGAAGGUCACACCGAUCGUGUUUGGAACGUCGCCUGGAAUCCCGCCGCCGACGGUGUUCUUGCCUCCUGCAGUGCCGAUAAGACCGUACGAAUCUGGGAGCAGAGCUCGCUUACUCGUUCCUGGACCUGCAAGGCAGUUUUGGAAGGCACGCACACUAGAACUGUCAAGUCGUUAGCUUGGUCACCGUCUGCGAAGUUAUUGGCCACUGCAAGUUUCGAUGGCACUACUUGCGUUUGGGAAAAUUUUGCUACUGACUCCGAGUCUGUCUCCGUUUUACAGGUACAUGAAAGCGAAGUCAAAAGUGUAUCAUGGAAUGCAUCUGGUUCGUUGCUUGCAACAUGUGGUAGAGACAAGUCUGUCUGGAUUUGGGAAGUACUACCGGAGAAUGAAUUUGAUUGUGCUGCAGUGUUAACUGGUCAUUCAGAAGAUGUUAAGAUGGUCCUGUGGCAUCCCACCAUGGAUGUUUUGUUCUCUUGCAGUUAUGAUAACACUGUCAAGAUUUGGUGGUCUGAGGAUGAAUAUGGUGAUUAUAAUUGUGUCCAAACCUUAGGUGAAUCUAACAAUGGUCAUUCUUCUACCGUCUGGAGUAUCUCCUUUAAUGCUGCAGGGGACAAGAUGGUCACUUGUAGUGAUGAUCUAACAGUGAAAAUAUGGAAGACAGAUAUUUCAAGAAUGCAAUCUGGUGAAGGAUAUGUACCCUGGACCCAUGUUUGUACACUCUCUGGUUUUCACGAUCGUACCAUAUAUUCAGUUCAUUGGUCAAGGGACGGUGUUAUUGCUUGUGGUGCAGGCGAUGAUACUAUACAGUUAUUUGUGGACAGCAACAGUGACUCUGUUGAUAGACCUUCAUACAAACUUUUGCUUAAGAAAGAGAAAGCACAUGAAAAGGAUGUAAAUUCAGUGCAAUGGGCACCUGAUAAGGAAAGCCGGUUGCUUGCCUCGGGCAGCGAUGAUAAAAUGGUUAAGAUUUGGAAGCUUGCAUCGGAGCCAUGAAUAAGCGGGUUAUGCACCAAUACAUAUUCUAUUAAUUUAUUGGUUUUAUGUUUCUUCUUAUUUAGUUAGAAUUUCUAUUUCAUGGUUUAACUAGGAAUGUGUUUUCGUAGUUAGGUUUUGCUUUAGUAUACAGAGAGAUGCAGUUUUGCUUGAAAAAAAUAGAGAAAGCUUUGGAAGGAUAUCUCGUUUAAACCAAAAAAAGAAAGAUUUUGAGUUUUGUUGAUCAGAUUUGCGGAGAAAUUACGUGCAAUAAAGAGCCUUUUGGUUUC